GCGCGCGCGCGCGCUCCCGCCGCUGGGGGACAGACGGACUGACGGAGCGAGCGACGGGAGGUCCGAUUGCCGCGGCCAUGGCGGCUCCCUUGGCGCAGUUCGACGAGGAUUGGCAGGAUUUCUACGAGUUCAAGGCGCCCUCUGGCAAUUUCAAACUGGACCAGGUAAACUCCAACGGUGUCCCGGCUCCGGCCGGCGUCCCCGGAACGCUGGAGCAGAGCCUGGAAGAUUUCACCGAGCUUGACAACUUCUCCGGCGAGAUAGUCAGCUUCAAAUCGAUGGAGGAUCUGGUCAAUGACUUCGACGAGAAGCUAACCGUGUGCUUCCGCAACUACAACACCAACACGGAAAACAUUGCUCCGGUCAAACCCAUCUCCGAGGAGAGCAUAAUGAGAGACGACGAGAUUUGGAAUGCAUUGACUGAUAACUAUGGUAAUGUAAUGGCCGUGGACUGGAAGACCUCCCAUAUCCGUGCUUUGCACCUGCCAACACUUAAUCUAACAGAAAAGGCGUUGAACGAUAACCUUAACCUUGAUCUUUCUGAUGAUGAGGAACUACGGGAUCAGCUAGACAUGCAUUCCAUUAUCGUCUCUUGUAUAAAUGAUGAACCACUCUUCACAGCUGAACAGGUAAUUGAGGAAAUAGAAGAAAUGAUGCAAGAAUCUCCUGAUCCUGAAGAAGAUGAUACACCCACUCAGUCUGACCGACUUUCCAUACUUUCCCAGGAAAUUCAAACACUCAAGAGGUCUCACACCAGCAAUAGUUAUGAAGAACCUGUUCUGAUCAACAUAUUUUCAGGUGUGAAGCGAUUGCCUAUGGCUGAAUUAAACGAACUUUUGGAGGAAAUUGAGAAUGCAAUAAAAGACUUUUCAGAGGAGUUGAUCCAACAGCUAGCCUUGCGUGAUGAGCUUGAGUUUGAAAAGGAGGUGAAAAACAGCUUUAUCUCCAUCCUUAUCGAAGUUCAAAACAAACAGAAAGAACACAAGGAAACAAUGAAGAAAAAAAAGAAACAGAAGAAUGGAAGCCCACAAAAUGGAAAGCAAGAGAAAAGCCAUAUGCCAGGAACGCGUUUCAGCAUGGAGGGACUCUCAAAUGUAAUUCAGAAUGGCUUUCGCCAAACAUUUGGAAGCUCAGGUGGCGAGAAACAGUAUUUGACUACAGUCAUUCCUUAUGAAAAGAAGGCUGGACCCCCAUCUGUAGAAGAUCUGCAAAUUUUGACUAAAAUCCUUCAGGCAAUGAAAGAAGAUAGUGAAAGAGUGCCAACCUUGUUGACAGAUUACAUUCUUAAAGCAUUCGUAUAAAGGCUGGAUUGACUGAGUGCUCUGCCCAACCUAAAGCCAGCACUCUGUCUUCACAUCAGACUGGCUUGAAGACCACAUUCUGCUAGAUCCUGUGAAGAAAGAAACACUUUUUUUUUUAAAUCCAGAGAGCCUAGUAAACAAAUUUCCCAACUUGAGCAUUUUGCUUACCUUCUCUUCAUUUAAUCUAACUAGUCCAUGGAGAGUAGUUCUAUUAGUGAUGAUAGUGUUGCUUUCCACAAUCCCGCCACACCAAACUUCUUCACUCCUUCAACAAACAGUGUUAGACAAGCCAACUACAGGUUCAAGUAUUAGCACUAUACCGCAGUGCAAAUCCAGCUGCUGUUUUUAUUAGCACAUAGAACAAAAUAAGGCCUGUAUACUUUUAACCAUGAGUAUUGUAUUAGCAGUGUAAUAUCUAUUUUUACAAUAUGCAGAAUCCAGAGGUUAACUUUUUAUCAUUAAUGAAACUGUUCAAGAAACAGUGGAUGUAAAUAGGCUCAAGAGGUUGAAACAAACCAUAAUGCAGCAAAUCUGUACUUAUUAUUUAUUCCAAUUAUGUUAAUUUUCAAAAAAGGAACAAAUGGUUUAACUGCACUAUUAAGGCAUCCCCUGAGAACAUGGCUCCUUUAAUGCAAUGCUCGCUUUUUGGGGUGUUAAAUGAGUUCAAGGUUUGAAAAUGUAACUCAUCGAGUUGCGUGAUUAGAAAUCAGACAGAAUUCUGUAAAUUUGUGUGAUCUGUUUCUAGAUAUUCUCCCAUUGACAAUGAUUUAACGAUGAGGCACUUGUUGGUAAUAAUGAAGGAGCUAAUCUGCCGACAAAUUUGCUUUUUAUAUCUCACAACUUCAGUUAGAUUAAGAAAUGCAAAUGUUUAGGAAAAAAUUGCUGGUAUUGGUUAGUAUAAAAAUAAUUAGACUGGUCUCCCCAACCCCUCUUCAAAAUUCACUGCUACUAAAAUUAUUUUUUAGCGAUUAGUUGGUCUCCAUAGCAUUUUCUGGUGUAUGAUCAUUUUGAAACAUUUUUAAUUUGAGGAGAGAAUAUGAUUACUUCAAUGAGUGUUAAAUGAAAGCUGAAAGGUCCAAUAUAAGCAGUAAGACUGUCGGAAAUACAAUUGAGUAUUACUGCAUCAAGAUCACAUUUACUCUUGGAAAAGGAAGUCGUUUAAAUUUGCAAAAUUGUUGGCUGAAUCUGGAAAAUAAUCAGUCUCAACUGGGCCCAGCAAGCAGGAUUGUGUUUAUUGGGCCAUAUUGUAGAAUGUUUUGUACUCAUUCUGUGUUUCAAUUAAUUUGAUGUACCAUACUGGUUUAUGCUAAUGUGCAAUGAAUGUUAAUAGGUACAUAAUUAGUAGCCUAGUUAACUUACAUAUUUCUUAAUGGUGGACAUAGGAGAAUAGCUGUAUGUGCUUAGUCCAUGUGUAAAUUAAAGGCAGCACGCUAAUCAUGUUUGUCAACUGAGUACCAUGAUUUCAUUUAAGAUGCAAUAUGAAUUAUUUUGAAGUACAGACUUUUAUUUUAACUUGCCUCAUCUGUCCCUUUCCUUGUCUUUUGCUGCCAUGGUUAUCAACAAAAUCAAUCAUAAAAUCCCCUAAACAUGACUGGGAACCAGUUCACAUAUGGAGCACCAAUGCAUGCAGCAGUUUUAAAAUGAAAGCACAGUUUUGGUACAGUUGCCUACACGUUUGGCUGAAAGCUCCAGCGAAUAAGUUGCUGCAUGGAAAGGAGAGCCUCAUCAAUGUAUUGUGUACCAUCACAUAUGAUUUACAGAAUGGAGGGACAGGAACAUGGCACAAAGCAUACCAGUCAAAACUGGCAAUACCACAUUAUUAUGGUUGCAUGAGCAAUUUUUUAAACUAUGCUGAAACAUAUCAUCUUCUAACAGUAUCUGCAGCCCUCGUUGAACUAAGCAUGCCUGUGUGCACAGUGUUGUAGUAAACCUGUAACUUGGUAUGGUUUUGUAUUUUUAAGUGGUGUUCGUUGUAAUUUGUUUAUCCUACAUCUUUGACAGCUGUAAAAUUUGUGGCAGUAAUUUUAUUUCAUAAUUGAACCUUUUGCAAACAAAUAAAGUGAUUUUCACAUUUUGUGGUGUGAA